AUGCUGCAUUUCGUUUCGCAACUUCAUGACAUAACCCACUCAUGGAAAUUGAAAAAAGGUUUGGUUACAUCACACGAUGUAAACUGCAUCAUAAAAGACCAUGCAUCACGAGGAGAUUUGAAAGGUGUAUUGUCGUUAUUAUCCGAGCUAAGAUCAAAUGGGUUCGCCAUCACGAAAGAGAAUUACAACAACAUCUUAAUCGCUUUUCAAAAUGUGUAUACGGCGGACACUGCGCGAUACAUUUGCUUGUGUUUAAUCGCCGAUGGUAUGUCACCUGAUUUGACAACAUAUACCUUUCUUAUAAAGGCUCACGUAUUGACCGGGGAUGUUUCUAGCGCAUUUACCUUUUACCGUAAAAUGGAGAGAGCUGGAAUAAGAGCUGAUUUGACCGUUUAUACAACACUUAUAGAUGGUUUAGUCGGAAAAGGCCUUCUUGACAAUGCAUGGAGACUCUACGGUUACAUUCGAACGUGGCGACUUAUACAACCAGAUGUCCAUCUCUUCACUACCAUGAUUAAAGCUUCUGCGCAUUCCGGUGACACACAUAGGGCCGUCUCGUUAUACGAUGAAAUGUUGCAGUUGAAUAUUUCUCCGACAAGUCAUACUUACGAAGCCUUGAUACAUUGCUGCUCACGAGAAAAGUGCUAUGCGCAAAGAUGUCUCGAAUUCUACGAUAGAAUGAGGUGUAAUGACACUCCAAUUAGGCAUGACACACUUAUACAUCUUCUGAGGGCGUGUAAAAAUAUUGGCAAUACCAGGAAGGCGAUGGAUGUUUUAAGGGACGCUAGUGAUCAAGGAAUUAACAUCGAUGAGAAUAUAUUAGCUGCUGCGAUUAACGUGAUGCUCAAUGACUCUUUUGAAUCCACCGCUUCGUAUUUCCGUAAAACAGAGGGCGUCCGAAAGGCCUGCUGUUUAGUUCGCUCUCUCCUAACCCUCAAGAAAGUUGUGACAACAAAAGUCAUGAACACUAUUAUGGAAGUGUAUGAAAACGCAGGGUACUACGACUAUGCGGUGGCCGCUUAUAAUUACUUUCAUCGGUUAGGUGUAGAACCUGACCACCAAUCGCACACAAUACUUCUGAGGAUAUUCGGUGAAAAAUUGAGGGACCCCUGUCGAUUUUUCGCAGUGUGGCAAACUGUACGAGAUAACAUAAAACCCGGUAGGGAGUUUUUGAAUGUUGCCCUUGAUAUGGCAAUGCUGUCGAAUUCAGCGAAAAGAACUUUAUACAUAUUGGAGCAUAUGUACGAAUCAAAAACGCACCCUUUGCCCGAAUUAGCGGCCACGUUGCACAUCAAGGGAAGAAAUAUCCCUCAGAUCCACAUUAUGAUAAAUAGGCUUUUCUGUCUGCAGAAAUCACUGUCAUACGAUAAGAAACAAAAAGACCACCAGAUGAUGCAAACAUUCCUGGAUGAGAACAGACUGUAUUAUGCCAAUUGA